CUAUACAAUACAAAGGCUCUCUCCUACUCAAAGCUUUCCCACGGUGGCCACAAGAAAACCCUCUUUUUUUUUUCCCAAACAAUGCAAACAGUUAAAUGGGAAGACUUGGUUAAAUUGGGUAAGUAACAUAAAAAAGGACAAUUCCUGAAAAUAAAAUACUAGUGUUUCCCUUCAAGCGUGUGUAUUUCUGCUUAUUUCAUCCAUUAUGUCUCAGUGUUCCACACACACACACACACACACACACACAGGGUAUCGCACACGCAUGCGCAGUGGCAUCGCCUCUGCAGGCGCACAGCGACGAGCGACGCUUCCCAGGCAACGCGAGCUUGCGUUUUCAUCGCACCUCAACCCAUCGACAGCGUGACGGCACCGCGCGCGUCUUAACGCCAUGUAACGCCGAAAAGCCCAUCGAAAACGACGACCUCGCGAAAGAACAGCGAGAGGACGGAGACAACUACACUUAUUCGUCGGUGUGUGUAGCUGAGCUCAGUCAUGCCUCUCGUGAAGAGGACCAUCGAGCCCAAGCACCUGUGCCGGGGUGCUCUGCCCGACGGGGUGACCAACGAGCUGGAAUGUGUCACAAACAGCACACUGGCGGCCAUCAUCAAACAGCUGGGAGGACUCAGUCGACAUGCGGAGGACAUCUUCGGGGAGCUGUUUAACGAGGCCAACGUCUUCUACAUGCGCAUGAACAGUUUGCAGGAGCGCGUCGACCUGCUGGCCGUGAAGGUCACACAACUGGACUCCACAGUGGAGGAGGUGUCCUUACAGGACAUCAACAUGCGGAAAGCGUUCAAGAGCUCCACUAUUCAGGACCAGCAGGUGGUGACCCGAAACUCCAUCCCGAACCCUGUCAUGGAGAUGUACCAGCGCUGUGACAAACCACCUCCUCUCAACAUCCUCACGCCAUACAGGGAUGACAAAAAAGACGGGCUCAAAUUCUAUACCGAUCCAUCCUACUUUUUUAACCUUUGGAAGGAAAAGAUGCUGCAAGCCACAGAAAACAAGAGGAAGGAGAAACGACGACAGAAGCAAGAGCAAAAGCACGUGGAGGAUCCCACUCGCGAGGUAAAGAAAGUGCGUAAAGCUCGUAACCGGCGUCAGGAGUGGAACAUGAUGGCGUACGAUAAGGAAUUUCGUCCGGACACUCGCCUGACGCCGUCUCCUUACCAUGGCAUGUCUUCUGAGGGAUCUCUGUCUCCGGACAGAUCUGGCAUGUCAGAUGAACACUCGUACCCAGCGAGUCCCAGUCACCCGCAGGAAGCAGGUGCAGCAGGAGCUGAUGGGAAAGACGCAGGCCUCACACAGACUCAGUCCCUGGACCGAGCGUACCGGCCCCCGGCCUCCUCCACCGCCGCGGCAGCCAGACAGCACUCUUUAGGACGUCUUCAGGCCCACCACGGACCCCCAGCGGCAGACUCGUCCCUCAACGGACCCCGGCCAACAGCUGCCAAAGAAUACAGCGGCCAUCAGAUCCUGGAGCAUUUCGUGCCGCCCGCUCCUCCUCCACCUCCUCCCCUCAUCCCGUCCUCUCAGACAGCCUUUGACAGUGCGUCUGGACCUCAUUCACUGGCUCCGGGGACAGUGGUGUCGCUCUCACACUCCUACAUCCCGUCUCCUCCUUCAGCUGCUCCAUCUGCCUACACCGCUUCCCCUUCACAUGCUGGAAUGGGCGGCCCGCCUGUGGCCCCGCCCCCUCCUCCACCAGGACCCCCCACCCACGCCCCGUCCCCGUCCCGAGUAACACACCCGUCUGGAGAGUCUACUCUUCCCAGGAAGGGCCAGGUGCCUCUCAUCCCCAUGAGCGACGCCCGGAGCGACCUGCUGGCCGCCAUCCGCAGAGGUAUCCAGCUUCGUAAGGUGCAAGAGCAGAGAGAGCAGGAGGCCAAGAAAGAGCCGGUGGGUAACGACGUGGCCACAAUCCUGUCCCGACGCAUCGCCGUGGAAUACAGUGAAUCAGAUGAGGACUCUGAGCCGGAGGACAACGAGUGGUCUGAUUGA